AAAAGCUCGAGGCUGCGCGUGCUGGCAUGCAGUACACUCAGACCCUGCUCGUGAACACAAGAUAGCCGACGGCUUCAGGGAAGUGACAGAUUUUGAAUUGAACACCUGGUAUUUCAGUCCACGGUUUGUGGGGGUUAUGGGUAGGAUUGCGUUGGUGCUUCUUUUCAUUUAGGCUGCGACAAUAAUGAUGAAGAAAGAUAUUCAUUUGAGCAUGGUUGAAGACCCGGACCUCAAACCGCAUCUUCGUGACGCCGAGGGUAUCCUCAGCUCCCCGGAACUGGGACUACUCAAACUGGCCUCCCCGGAGCUGGAGAGACUAAUCAUCCAGUCCAACGGAAUGGUCACCACGACACCCACCAGUUCUCAGUUCCUCUUCCCGAAAACCGUAACGGACGAACAGGAGUUCGCCGAGGGCUUCGUGAAGGCGCUGGAGGACUUGCACAAGCAGAAUCAGCUGAGUGGAGCCGGGCAGACAGACGGCAGCCUGGAUCUGGGUGCUAACAUCGCCCCGAGCACCGUCCAGCCGGAACUACCGGUUUAUACAAACUUGAAUAGUUACGGCAGUGGGCCUCUGGAAACCACCGUCAACUACUCCACAGAUACAGUCCCUUUCCCUCCUCCUCCUCCUCCUCCUCCGCAUCAUCUGGGGGCAACCCCGCCGCAGCCGGAUCUCUCCAGGGUCCAGCCGCCGAAGGAGGAGCCUCAGACGGUCCCUGACGUUCAGAGCUUCGGGGAAAGCCCACCGCUGUCCCCCAUCGAUAUUGACUCACAGGAAAAAAUGAAAGCUGAGAGGAAGAGACUCAGGAACCGGAUUGCAGCAUCCAAGUGUCGGAUGCGCAAACUGGAGCGGAUCUCCAGGCUGGAGGACAAGGUCAAAACGCUGAAAAACCAAAACACCGAUCUGGCCUCCACGGCGAGUCAGCUCAGGGAUCAAGUGGCCCAGUUGAAAGAGAAAGUCCUCACCCAUGUCAGCAGCGGCUGCCAGCUGAUGCCACACGAAGUUCAAGUGCACUAGUCAGGGGAGGAAGUACAUUGUAUACUGACCAGCAUAUAAGCUUUGUGGACUUAUGUUAAUGUUUUGUUUCGUAGCCUACGUUAGCCCAGGUGUGUGUGUGCUGUCCAAAGUGAGAUGAAACACCUGCAGGACAAAAAAAAAAAAUCAAUUUUCAUCAUCUAUUUAAAUUGCUUUGAGCAUCCACAAACACCCAUAUCUGGUAAAACAAGAUUAAAUCAAACGGAACAAGUCAUUUGGACAACCUGCAGUUUUAUUUAUAAAGCAUUUUCCAGCAACCAAUAAGAUCCACAGUUGACCUACAAGGUCGAGAGCUCGAGUCAGCAUCAUUGGAUUUUAAGUUGAACAACCUCCAGUUAGUUGAAUGGAUGUAUGCUGAAAUCAUGUAUGAUGUAUUAAAUCCAGUUUUCCUCCAGUCUUUGUUGACGUGGAGAAGGCAGAGCUAUUGGGGAUUUUUUUUAAAUUUGUUUGAAAAUGUUAUCCUGCAAUGAGUUUUCCUGCUGAGAAAUGGAUGCACUUUUUUUUUUUGGGGCUGCAAAUAUCUAGAUUAUUUUCUCUUGUAAAAAAAAAAAAUGUUUACAGAAUGGCUGUGUCUAUUUACAAUCUCAUGGGCCAAACAGGUUGCACAUAUGUACAUUUAUGGCACAUAUAUCCCUAAAAUAUGAGGAUUUGCCUGUAAGAAGAAAAAAAAACACCAUAAACUCACAUUUGAUAUGUAAGAAUAAUUUAAAUAAAUGAGUGUUUACCACAUUAUACUGAAGGGAUCCAUUUGCAUGUAGUUGACUACUCGAAUGUUGCCCACACUUGGUUUCAAAGCAGAUAAUCAGUGUUAAUUAUUUCAAAUAAUUUAUAAACUCAUAUUUGUGUAUUUUUUACUCUACUGUGUCCCUAUGUCAGUGAGUUCUUGAUUUUAUGUGAAGAGUUGUGACCAUUUGUUGCACUGACUGUUGCUGUCUUCUCUGGCCUAUGGUUAUUUGGCUGUAUGCCGCUGUGUUCUGAAUUUAAUGCUGCUCGGCAAUAAACACUGUUUCCUCUA